UGGUGAAAGGCAGGAAGAAGCCACUCAAACCAGAGCUGUAAACGGCUGAUUUUAUCACUAAAUUGUAUCUAAAGAAGGGACAUAAAUUUAGGACAAUGUCGAAGAAUACAGUUUAUAAUCGAUUCAGGACAGUAGACGUGGACGAAUACGACGAGAACAAAUUUGUUGACGAGGAGGAUGGAGGCGAAAAUCAGCUGGGUCCUGACGAGACAGAAGUGGACUCGCUAAUCAGACAAGGGAACCUGAUGGAGGCCUUGCAGGCAGUCCUGAAGAACCCACCAAUCAACACCAAGAACCAGAAGGUCAAGGAGCGUGCGGAGGGCCUUGUGUUGAAGGUGCUGAGUGCCUUUAAGAGCAGUGACGUAGAGAACGGGAUCCAGUCUCUGGAUAAGAACGGAGUGGACCUGCUCAUGAAGUACAUCUACAAAGGCUUUGAGACGCCAUCGGAUAACAGCAGUGCCGUCCUGCUGCAGUGGCAUGAAAAGGCUCUAUCUGCAGGUGGCUUGGGAUGCAUCCUUAGAGUAUUAACAGCCAGGAAGACCGUCUGACUAACAGAGGAGGAGAGGAGCCAUGUUCUUCACAGCAACCGUCUGGUCUGGUACACAUUACAACACAAGGAUGAUAUCCAGUAGAUCACAGCGUGCCACAGAGGAGAUCCCUCCUAUCUGUCUCUGCUUCUUUUUAGAUCUCACUUCCCUAUGUCUCCCUACACACACACACACACUGACACACACACACACACACAAACACUGACACACACACACACACACACACUGACACAAACUGUUUCACGCGUUCACCCAAACACAUAAGACAUGCCAAGUUGGCAUGGUUUUGAGUAUUUUUACUUAAUUGGCUGCCCUCCCUUGACCCUAAAACACCAACACAAUGCUACAGUGCUCUUCUUAGGUCUGGCUUUGUUUCUCUCAGGAAAAGUCUAUUUUAUAACGGUCAGCUAAUUUUUCUACCCUGCUACUCUUUUUUUAUUAAAGCACUGUUAGGCCGUUGUCUCUGCUAAAAAGCUGAUCAGAGAAUUCCUGAGGGAACAGAAGCUUAGAAUUCCCCAGAAAAUCCCUCAUUAGCCCUUCCGUGACCCGUGGGGGCAGAGGGAGGGAGGCUCCUGAAAAGCACAGCCACAGAUGGAGCGGGCGGAUUUUACGGGUGGGGGACGUUUUCGGCUGCAGGGGGCGGUCCGGCCAUCCUGCCUACCCUAGUUAGGUAUUAAUACCCACGAUGCAUUACGGCCCCCCCUUUACUACCAGCACUACUGUUACUAAUCCUAGGCUGUGUUCCAGUGAAACACUACCCUACCACUUUGUGAAGCAAUGUAAUGGGAAUGCAGUCUAAGUGGUGUUCUGGUAUGGGUUUGGGGAGAUCUAUUCCACAGUGUUCUCUCACUCACUGAAUCACCUACAGGGCAUUAUCAUGUCAGACUGUUGUAAUAUUGCUUAGCAAGGGAUGCAUUUGUAGCGCUUCCAGGAAAUAAGAAUAGUUUCGCUAAGGACUAGGGUUGCAAAAUUCUGGGAACUUUCAAUAAAUUCUGUGGUUUUCCAGAAAUCCUGUUUGUAGGAUUCCUGAUUUUCCUGCUGAUUCCGGGAAUCCUCCGACCGGGAACACUAGGGAAUUUAUGUUAUGUUCCCGGAAUUUUGCAAAACCUACUAAGGACCCAUUCAUUAAUCUAUGAUUAUUUGUAUUUUGCCGAACAGAGAAUUUGCCUUGGGUGUAUUCUUUGCUCUUCUUUCCGUUGGUUCUCACUCCCACAUUCCCUCACCAGAAUAUUCUGUAUGUCAUCACUGCUAGUCAAUCAUGGUGUAUCUUUCUUGCCCUAUUUAACCUGUGUUUGUUUAAGUGUCAUGGUUUUCUAUUGUUAUUUGUAAACGCCACUUUGGGUCUCUUCCUGAUAAUUGAACAGUAUUUUUUAAAAUAUAUAUAUAUACACUACCAGUCAAAAGUUUGG